GAGCCAUUAACCAAUUUCAAUUGUCAUCUUCUCAUAGAGACGGAGAGAGAACUCGAGAGAGAGAAUGAGCGGGCAAGGGAAGACAGUGUGCGUGACGGGAGGGUCAGGGUUCAUCGCUUCAUGGCUGGUUAAGUUGUUGCUUCAACGUGGUUACAUUGUCCGAGCCUCUGUUCGCGACCCUUUUGAUCCGAAGAAGACGGAACACUUACUUGCACUUGAUGGAGCUAAGGAGAGACUUCACUUGUUUAAAGGAAAUUUACUUGAAGAAGGUUCCUUUGAUUCUAUGGUUGAUGGGUGUGACGGUGUUUUUCAUACAGCAUCUCCAUGUUUUGUUACGACUUCUAAUCCACAGGUGGAAUUGAUUGAUCCUGCAUUGAAGGGAACACUUAAUGUUCUUGGCUCAUGUGCCAAAAACCCAUCUGUGAAAAGAGUAGUGUUGACAUCUUCUGUAGCUGCCGUUGCUUUCAAUGGUAGGCCUCAAGCUCCUGAAGUCGUAAUUGAUGAGAGUUGGUUUUCUGAUCCAGAGUUCUGCAAGCAAAAUGAGCUUUGGUAUGUGCUAUCAAAGACUUUAGCAGAGGAUGCUGCCUGGAAGUUUACAAAAGAAAAGGGUAUUGACAUGGUUACAAUUAACCCAGCACUGGUUAUCGGUCCUCUCUUGCAGCCAACGCUCAAUACAAGUGCUGCUGCAAUUUUGAUCUUAAUAAAUGGUUCACAAACAUUUCCAAAUUCUACAUUUGGAUGGGUUAAUGUUAAAGAUGUUGCCAAUGCACAUAUUCAAGCAUUUGAGAUUCCUUCAGCUAAUGGAAGAUAUUGUUUGGUUGAGAGCGUUGCACACUACUCUGAACUUGUGAAGAUGCUACAAGAGCUGUUUCCUGCUUUUCAACUUCCAGAAAAGUGCGCUGACGACAAGCCAUUUAUGCCGACUUACCAGGUGUCUAAGGAAAGAGCAAAAAGCUUAGGUAUUGAGUUCAUUCCCCUUAAGCAGAGCAUCAAGGAAACAGUUGAAAGCUUGAAGGAGAAGAAACUUUUCACUUAGUGAGUUGUGACAGUCGUAUCGGAAAGAUUUUCAUAUAAAAAUAAGUUUGAGCCACAACAUUGUUUGUGGCAUUCCUCUGUUUGUGUCUCCAUUUUGUUUCGAUCUAUGUAUGGUGGCGUCAGAAUUGAAGGUGACAACGUUAAACUAGAGGCUACACAGAAUGGCAGAAUGGAGAAGCCUUGAGAAUUUGAGAAUAGUCUUAAGUGUUAUAGUCUGAAGUCUUCCGCAGUAGCUGUAAUCUCUGAAGCUAAGAUUGGAAUAUAUAAGGUCUGAAUAUUUUCUAGUUCA